AUGUGCCUAACUCAUUGUAGAUUUUAUGAUGACUUCGGACCUUUUAAUCUUGCUCAAUUAUAUCGAUAUUGCCGAAAGUUGACUAAGAAACUGAAGGCGUCUUCUCUUUCAAACUAUAAAAUUGUACAUUGCACUUCCUCUAAUAUGAUCAAACGCACCAAUGCUGCCUUUCUUGUUGGAUGCUAUCAGAUUAUUUACCUUAAUCGAACAGCUGAAGAAGCUUACAAAAAUCUCCUUAUGGAAAAAGACGCAAGCUCAGGACCCUCAUAUUAUGAUCUCAAUCUGCCGGAUUGUCUUCGAGCUGUGCAGAAGGCUGUUCGGUUGGGAUUUCUUGAUUUCGAUAACUUUGAUCUCGAGGACUAUGAGUACAAUGAGAAAGUUGAAAAUGGAGACCUGAGUUGGAUUGUGCCGAAGAGGUUCAUCGCUUUCUGUGGACCACAUGCUAGGACGAUGAUUGAUAACGGCUACCCGAUGCACUCACCUGAGUUCUAUCUCCCCUACUUUAAGAAACACAAUGUUACUAACGUGAUACGAUUGAAUCAAAAGAUGUAUGACUCAUCAAAGUUUACUCGAGCUGGAAUCUCUCAUCAUGAUCUCAUCUUCCCCGACGGAUCAGUUCCAUCGAAAUCAAUCACUCGACAAUUUCUGGAAAUCUGUGAAAAUGCUUCAGGGGUAAUCGCAGUUCACUGUAAAGGUAAGAAACAAGUUUUUCUCUACCGUCAUUUGGUUAUGAACAAAUCUUCCAAAUAG